AUGGCUAGCUCAAUGGUCAUCAAGGUUGCUUGCUUGGCAAUGAUGUGCAUUGUUUUGGGUGUAACACUAACCCAUGCUGUUCCCACUUGUGGCCAGGUGACAAGCACUGUAACACCAUGCGUUUCGUAUCUAAUUGGAAGCGGUAGUGCAGUCCCUGCACCAUGCUGCAAUGGGGUUAGGACCUUAAACAACCAAGCCAAAACCACACCUGAUCGUCAAGCUGUUUGUAGAUGCCUCAAACCAAUUGCUAAGAACAUUGGUGGAUUGAAUCCUGAGAAACUUGCUAGCCUCCCUGGCAAGUGUGGAGUUAACUUUCCCUACAAGAUCACUGCCUCCAUUGAUUGCAACAAGUAUGAUCAAGUGAGGAGCUUACGUACGUGA